CAGAAACCUGCGCCUUAAGCUCAAAGCUCAUACCGCGACUUUCCGCUACCAAAAAAAUACAUCCGCUCAAAAUCUAACAACAUGCUUACUCUCACACUCAAGGCUGAACUGGAAGGUGUCACCGGCUUGCAGCCGACUGAUACGGAGGAGAACCCAUACUUUUACACCUUCAGAGUGCAAUGUACCUCCUGUCGCGAGACGCACCCCAACUUUGUCAGCUUCAAUCGCUUUGAACUGCACGAGAUCCCCGGUAGCCGGGGCGAGGCAAACUUCGUGUGGAAGUGCCGCCUGUGCACGAAAACCCACUCUGCUUCCAUCACUGCUGGCCCUCACAUCUACGACGCUGAGGAGAAGAAGAAGGCCCAGAAGAUCAUCGAGAUUGACUGCCGUGGUCUGGAGUUCACCGAGUUCAAGCCUGACGGCGAGUGGGAGGCUAAGGGUGUUGAGUCUUCAACUCCUUUCACCGGUAUUGAACUCGGCGAGGGUGAAUGGUAUGACUAUGACGAGAAGGCUGGUGAGGAGGUUAGCAUCAAGGAGCUGACCUGGAGUAUUGGACGGUCGUGAUCUGCUUUUGAUAUUCGAGGGGGUGAUUCGUAUUGGCUGGAGAGCUGUGCUUAUCACAGGUGCCCUUUUGGAUGGGAGCUGCUUCAACGAGAUCUUUCUCUAUAGCUACGACGAACUUUUAUUGUAUUACUACUGGGUGUGUGCGCGCAUGGGGCUGACUGGGG